CUCUAGCCUUUGCACAUUCACAUGGCUAUCUCCUGCCUGCGAUUACACACCAAAUCUGGGUCCAAGUUGCCAACAUUCCUCAGUCGACCCUGCUGCUCUGUUAAACUGAGCUGCAUUCCUGCAGGACCACACAGGACAACGGAGGCGACAUCAGCCUCCACAUAUACUUCUCAUUCUGGUCCUACUUUAUCAUUUUUAACAGAAGCUGAAAGUGUGACUGAGAAGAUUUGGCUAAAAACAACAAGUUUGUACUAUUUCCAGCCGGCUGAGCAGAGAGGAGGCCUCUCACAUCAAAUGGUUGCAACCAGGUCAACUAAAACGGAGCUUUAUUUCAAUGGAUCUUUCGUAUGGGAAGCACUAAAUCUCUUAUUUUUUAUAUCUAAAAUACAAAACGGAUUCCCUAAGCCACUAGGAAGAGUCUUUGUUUUUGCUUCAAAAUGGACCUUUUACCAGACAGUCCACGUUUACGGUCAGACAGCGCAAGCAGCUCUGCAUCCCAGAGCUCCAGGUCGAAGACUGUCCUCCGCCAGCGCCUGUCCGAGCUGAUGACCUGCAUAGAGGACAUGAGUUCUGAUGACGAAGCCGGCGAGGAGGUGUCCCGUAAGCUGGAUGAAGCCUUUCAGCUUUGUGGACAAUUACUGCCCACAGAUGCUUUCAGGCUGCACAUGGUGACCUGGAAUGUGGCUACAGCAGAACCUCCUGAGGACGUUACUGCGUUGCUGCAGCUAAAUGAUCAGUCUCCCAUCGAUCUCUAUGUGAUUGGCUUGCAGGAGGUUAUGGCAACACCUAUGAGAUUCAUCUCAGACCUGCUGGUGGAAGAUUCCUGGAGCCAUCUUUUCAUGGACACACUGGGACCCAAAGGCUUUGUUAAGGUCACUUCUGUGAGGAUGCAGGGCUUGCUUCUGUUGGUUUUUGCCAAAAUGGUGCAUCUCCCUUUCAUCAGAAACAUCCAGACCACCUACACCCGUACUGGCAUCUUUGGCUACUGGGGUAACAAAGGUGCCGUGUCUGUACGCUUUUCCUUCUACGGUCACAUGAUCUGCUUCCUCAACUGCCACCUUGCAGCUCACAUGCACAACGCCCUUCAACGCGUUGAUGAGUUUGAGUACAUUCUGGAAACACAAGACUUUGACAUCUUUGACACUCCUCAUGUUCUGGACCACAAGGUGGUUUUCUGGUUUGGUGAUCUGAACUUCCGUAUCCAGGACCAUGGUUUGCAUUUUGUCCGCUCAUCCAUCAACGGUGGGCGCCUCAAUUUGCUGUGGAGUAAGGAUCAGCUCAUUAUGAUGAAGAAAAAGGAACCCUUUCUGCAGGAGUUUGAUGAAGGGCCGCUGAAUUUUAAACCCACCUACAAAUUUGACCGUAAAGCUGACACAUAUGAUAUCAGUUCUGUGAAGACAUGGUUGGGUUUUAACGGCAAGAAGAGGAAGCCAGCCUGGACGGAUCGGAUCCUCUGGCGGAUCAAACCCAAAAGUCUCCCAUCAGAAGAGGAUGAUGAUGGCGAUGAGAAGGCAUCGACUUCCACUGAUAAUGAGCACGAUGAGUAUCCGAUCCUGAUCACCCAGAACGCAUACACCAGUGUGAUGAGCUACGGAGUGAGUGACCACAAGCCGGUCAUCGGAAACUUCACUCUUGAGCUGAGGAAAUAUUUCGACACACAACUGGUACAAGUGGCACCAGAGGGCGAAUGGAGCGCAGACCAAAAUGCAGUUUUGACCUACACUGUCCAAGAGGACUUUAUGUCUUCAACAUGGGACUGGAUUGGCCUCUACAAGGUGGGAUUCAAGAGUGCCUCUGACUACGAAACCUUUGUUUGGGUCAGAGAAAACGAACUUCCGGAGGUGAACGAGGUCAUAGAGAGAUCAGUGGAUAAAGAUGAGAUCCCUCUGCUAAGCGGAGAGUAUGUUUUGGGUUACUACAGCACAAACCUGAACAGCAUCGUUGGCCUUAGUGACACCUUUAAAAUCCUGGAGUCAAAGCGUGCUGCUAUGGAAGGUCUUGUACCCAAAGACAUCAAUGGGAUCAACAAUUAGAAGCAAUCUCCCCACAGCGUGCCAUUUUAUUCUAUGUCUCGACCAUGAUUUAACCUUCAAACUGCCCAGUCUCUUGAUUUGAUGGUUGGAAAACAAAGCAAAAAACGUGUAUUUGUUGUUUUCCUAAAGAUUCAUUCUUCUAAAGCUGGAUUUUUGGUCAAGAAAAAAUAUAUAAUAAAAAUUGAACACAUUUUAAUGAAUGACAA